AUGUUCCUUGACGACCAGCUUUUUUUUGUUCGAAUUCAGCGUCGCGGGUAUUCACCUUUUACCAAAACAAAAUAUUUUUCAUUAGGGAGUGACAAAAGCAGACGUCAAUAUUUCUUGGUAUCUCUUAACACAUAA